ACGUGGACAGUGUGCUGGUGACAGUGGAGAGCAUGACUGAGUCCAAGUGUGAACUCUUUACCGUGGCCAGUGCAGAGACAGGGGAAAGUCAGAAAGAUCAGGACGCCCCUAUGGGUUUCUUUGAGCGUUAUGUGCAGCCGCUCCUGGCUGAGCUCCUUGGCUCCGGGCUCUUUAUCUUUGUGGGCUGUGCAUCGGUCAUUGGCAAUGUUGGCAUCACAGGGAGCGUCCAGCCGGCACUGGCACAUGGACUGGCACUGGCCAUUGCCAUUGCAAUCUUUGGAGAGAUCAGUGGUGGACAUUUGAACCCAGCUGUCUCUGUGUGCGUGUACCUUGUGGGAGGAAUGGAGCUGGCCUUGCUUGGUCCAUACAUACUUGCCCAAAUGUUUGGUGGGAUGAUCGGUGCUGGCCUUGCCAAAGCUAUUUAUCCAGCUAUUGAAUACAGUAAUGCAACAGGAGCUGCGUUCACCGCAGUCACCAGUGGCAUGGAUGUUGGAGCUGCUACUGUCGCUGAGAUGGUGAUGACUCUUUUCUUGACCAUAGUGGUUAGCAUGAGUGCAAUUAAUGGAAGGACUCGCUGUCAGUUUGCUCCCGUUCUUAUCGGCCUUACAGUGACAGCAAACAUCCUGGCUGGAGGUGGGAUCUCAGGAGCUUGUAUGAAUCCAGCACGAGCAUUUGGACCAGCAGUGGUGGCUGGUCACUGGACAUAUCACUGGGUUUACUGGAUUGGUCCUAUGGCUGGUGCUUUACUGACCGUCACUAUUGUCAGGUUAUUGAUGGGUGACAAGAAGACUCGAGUUUUAUUAAAAUAAUGGGGUUCCAAACUGAAAGGGUCAUUAAUUACACUUUUGACUGAAUUGUCUUUUUUUGUUAUUUCUUGUUUUUCUCUCUUAAACGUUACAAUGAAAUGACUAACAAAUUAACACAUGCACAUUAUGUACUUGUAAAGCUGUUCUUUUUUCCUGAGGCUGCUGUAAAAACAACUGUUCUGCCAUUUAUUGGUAACCUUUUACAUAUUUGUUUACAAUUUUAUA